CUUAUUUUCUCGGACAGAUUCGUACUCCGAAACAUUAGGAAGAAUGUUUUUGCCUUUAAUGAAUGACGUGCCAUGUAAAUUUUCUUGUAACGCUUUUUGUACUGGACACUUGGUUUAAUAAAAGUUUGUCAGGUUUAGCAGUUAGUAUGAAGACGCGCAAAGGGAAGGAUUCCCUAAAAAAUCUCACCAAAUUGUCUACAAGUAGAAUUACCAAUAGAACACAAUCUUAUGGAAAUUCAGCUAACAGUUUGUUUGGACCAAGGAAAAAUGUGUUCGUGACAUAUUCCAAAUCAAGACCAAUAAGAAAUAUUAUGAAGAAGUAUCAUUUCCAUAGCCCUGAUACUCCACAUGUGUCAACUCCKGAUAGUCUACAAACCACAGGAAAAGAUCAAGCAUCAAAUUUAGAAGACAAAAGCAAAGAACUCRACUCUCAUGGAAAAGGUGGAUCAUAUACUCUCCAAAAAACUCAAUUGAGCUUGAAAAAUAGCAAUAUCAAGCCAUCUACACCAGUUAGUACAGUAAAACCAACCCUAGCGCUGAGGAAUAUAAGCAAUAUUCCAAUAGAUAAAACAUUAAGCAGAACCCAGUGUACCCCAAGGCAAGAGGAUAACCRAACAGCACAGCCUUCAAGUAAACAGCCAGCAAAGGCCAAGAAGAAGCUAACACCAUUUAAUAGCAAAUUAAAAGRCAUUAGAUUUCCAAAAAAUAAUGGACGAAARAAACUACUGAUGGMUUCRUUAAAAAUGAAUGAAGAUGAUGAAACASCAAAAAGCAAAUUCUCAACUAUCAAAGAUGAAGAGACAGUAGCAUCAUUGAUUGAAAAUGAAGAUAAUUAUCUACAAGUGGAAAUGUGCCAGAGGAACUCUACUUUGAAGCAAAAGAGCAAAUCACCARKAGCAAGAUCUGCUGUGGACAAGGAUUCUACUGACUACAGCAUAAAGUCGAUGUCAACUGAUUCUGAUGUUCGGACCAAAAGUAAUAACAGUCCAGUAAAUACUUUGACUGCUGGAUCUAUGUCAUUUUGUACUAUGGUUGAAGUAAAAGGGGACAGUGCCCAGUCCAUGGACAAGAACCUACCACAAGAGAACUUCAGUAGUAUACAAUACAACUCUACUUUUAAUGAAGAUGUUGAAAAUGUUUAUUUUAAAGACUAUUUUAAAGAGCUCUUAUCUCCAAUUAAAGAGGAUGACAAACAUGAGCAACCUGAGGGAAAUGAUACUGGAGCUUCACAGUCUGCAGUCAUAGCACAACACAUYGACAAUACUAAACGGGACAUGAUAUGCACAGAUGCACCUAGAACUAGUACACCUGUMGAUGAGGGAAAAACUAAUACAGCACACAUAGAUGAGCCUGGAAUCUCACCAAUCACAAAAGAUUGUCACAAUGAAAUUGUUACUAAACCAGAGAAGAUUGAAAUGCCUGGAGUAUCUCCAAUCACAAAACAUCAUAAAAGUACCAAAACUCAAAACAGUAAAAUGGAGAUCAGGCAGGGAAAAGAUAUCAGCAAUAAAGAAACUUCUAGAAAUACAAGUAAAUCCAUUUCUAUGAAAACCAAAAAGAAACACGACAAAAACAAGGCCAUCAACAAAGAAAAUUCUAGAAAUACAUCUAAAUCUAGUCCUUCAAAAACCAAAAAGAAACAUGACAGCUCAAAAAAUACAUCUCUACCACUUCAAGCAAGUAUGUGUAUUGAAGAUGAUAGUGACAAAGAAAGCAUACCAGACAAUAUCACUCCAGAGGUCAUACCACAUAUCAAGUCUCAGUGUUCUUCAAGUAAAAGAAAGCUUGAAUACACAGACAUGCCAUUCAAGCCAAAUACACAACAAUGUAUUCUACAAGACUUCCCAUGUACAGUAAAGAAAUCUUGUAMUUACAAAGUCUGGAUAAAAAAUCCUUUGCAAAAAAGUCAUAAAAMYKUUUCUGCAAUAAAAAAUCAUACUUUUCCACUGGACAUCUUAAAAAAGGUUUACCAUUAA